AUGAGCAGCCCAGGCUGUGAAUUUGCUCUCCCCAAGUCAGUGGAUGCACUUGUGGACUCUGUUUGUUUAGAGUGUGGGCAGCUGCACCGAAGCUGUGAAAACCACUUGUACAACUACCGUCUGGAGGUGGACGAUGACCUGGUCUGCCACAUCUGCCUGCAGCCACUGGUGCAGCCUCUGGAUACACCAUGUGGACACACCUUCUGUGCCCGCUGCCUUCGCAGUUUCCUCCACGACCGGGACUUCUGCCCCCUUGACAGGGCUCACCUGCAGCUCCAAGCCUGCCGCAGGUCCAGCAUCCUGGUGCACAAGCUGCUAGAUAAGCUGUCUGUGUCGUGCCCUUUGACCCCAGUCUGCUCACUCAGCAUGCCACGAUGUGAUUUGGAGGCUCACCUCAAACACAGGUGUCCUGGGACAAGAUGUCAGCAGACCAGUGUGGAUGGUCCACGUAGUGAAAGUGGGGAUGAACAAGGAAUGAUGCCAAGCCCUCCCAGUUCGCCACAGUCUCCAGAGACAACUAUCAGAGAAGGCAGCCCCACCCCACCCACCAGAACCAGUAAUGCCUCUGACAACGGCCCAGUGUGGACUGAAGACGCUGGCCUUGACAAUCCUGCCUUUGAGGAGAGCACUGAAGAAGACAGUGUGGUGGGCUUGGAGUGCAUUGUCCCCAGGGUGAAGCGGCCCCUCAGUAACCCUUGCAUCCACCUCCUCCGUUCAGUCAGCUCCACUUCAUCGGGCUGGGACUGUCCAGAAUCGCCACCACUGUCAGCUGAAGAAGGCUGUGUGAAGCUGCCCUCUCUGCCUGAAGGGGAGAUAACGGCUAUAGAGGUGCACCGUGCAAACCCAUAUGUGGAGUUGGGAAUAAGCAUCGUGGGUGGAAAUGAGACGCCCCUCAUCAACAUUGUGAUCCAGGAAGUCUACAGGGAUGGAGUCAUUGCACGGGACGGUAGACUGCUGGCUGGGGAUCAGAUUCUGCAGGUGAACAAUGUGGACAUCAGUAAUGUCCCUCACAGUUUCGCCCGCUCUACUCUCGCUCGGCCAUGCACCACUUUGCAGCUGACUGUGCUGCGCGAGCGUCGCUGUGUCUCAAGGACCCAUCCCUCCUCCUCCUCCUCCACCCCCGCUGUCCCCCAGGCCCCCUGCUCCACUCCGGAGGGCACCCCUGCAAGCCCCACCACCCUACGGAUCACCCUGCACAAGCAGGAUUCCUCUGAGCAGCUGGGCAUCAAGCUGGUGCGCAGGACCGAUGAGUCAGGAGUGUUUGUGUUGGACCUUCUGGAUGGAGGGCUGGCUGCAAAAGACGGACGGCUGCGAAGCAAUGACAGGGUGUUGGCUGUUAACGACCAGGACCUCCGGCACGGGACCCCCGAGCAGGCCGCACAGAUCAUUCAGGCUAGUGGAGAGCGAGUCCAUCUGUUUAUAGGACGACCAAGCAAACUGUCUCCACCCCCACCGCCAAAAUCUAGCUCUACCAGAGACCUCUACUGCCUUGAGCACUUCAUGCCAAGUCACAGUGCGACCCCAAGUCCUGUCCCCUCAUAUCUGUCCCACAGCAGCACCCUGAGACAGGAAAUGUCCAAGUGUCUUUCGUGUAAAGAGAAACACAUCACCGUAAAAAAGGAGCCCCUGGAAUCCCUGGGCAUGACCGUUGCAGGAGGCCGGGGGAGUAAAAGUGGGGAGCUGCCAAUCUUUGUCACCAGUGUCCAGCCUCAUGGCUGCCUGUCCCGAGAUGGACGUAUCAAACGAGGUGAUGUCCUGCUAAGCAUCAAUGGCCAGGACCUGACCUGCCUCAGCCACAGUGAGGCGGUGGGCACUCUGAAGGCGUCGGCUGCGUCUGCAUCAGUGCAGAUGCGAGUGCUGGAGGUCAGUGUGGUGGAAGAGCACGACCAGCUCCUGUCCCACUCACACGACACUGACUUCGACGCCAACUGGUCCCCUUCUUGGGUUAUGUGGCUUGGCCUUCCCAGUUACCUCCACAGCAGUCAUGAGAUUGUGCUGCGCAGGUCUCACCCCGGGAGCUGGGGCUUCAGUAUUGUUGGUGGAUACGAGGAAAGCCAUGGAAACCAGGCCUUCUUUAUCAAAACCAUUGUCCUCGGGACACCGGCGUACUACGACGGACGCCUCAAGUGUGGAGACAUGAUUGUGGCAGUAAAUGGCCUGUCGACUGCGGGAAUGAGUCACUCUGCCUUGGUGCCCAUGCUGAAGGAGCAGAGGAGCCGGGUGGCCCUCACAGUGGUGUCCUGGCCAGGCAGCCUGAUAUAG